AUAGUAACGUCUACUUAAUCCUAUAUAUAUAUAAUGUUAGUCCCUCAGUCCCCUCGAAGCAUGAUCUACUUUCUUGCAUGUUCUUUCUAACCCAUUAUCCAUUGAACUAGCUAACGGUAAUGGAGUCUAAAAAUAUUCCAUUUUUAGCUCUCUUCCUCCUGAUCUUUCUAUUCGUUGUAUCCAGUACUACCGCUGCACCCGCCGGGAAAAUCAAGGCUCGACUGCCUUGUAAAAGGUUGGUUUUCUAUUUCCAUGACAUUCUUUUCAAUGGCAGAAACUCGAAGAAUGCAACUUCAGCGAUUGUAGGAGCACCAGCUUGGGCCAACAGGACUAUAAUGGCAGGACAGAACCAUUUUGGUGACUUGGUUGUGUUCGACGACCCCAUUACUUUGGACAACAAUCUGCACUCAACCCCAGUUGGUCGUGCCCAAGGGUUUUAUCUUUACGACCAAAAGGAUAUUUUCACAUCAUGGCUUGGGUUCUCAUUUGUUUUCAACUCUACACAGCAUAAGGGGAGCAUAAACUUUGCCGGAGCAGAUCCGAUAAUGAACAAGACUAGGGAUAUUUCAGUGGUUGGUGGCACUGGUGAUUUUUUCAUGUCUAGAGGGAUAGCCACUUUGAUGACUGAUGCCUUUGAGGGUGAAGUUUAUUUCCGGCUUCGUGUUGAUAUUAAGUUGUACGAGUGUUGGUGACAACAUGAUUUGAUUGCGAGCCAUGAUGCAUGCAUGUGGCCGGAUUUAAGGUGUCUUGACUCUUGACUACAUGACCUGCAAACUGAAUAUAGAAUCAACGCUUGUGAUGGACUGUUGCUGUGCUUCAUACAAAUCACUUGCAAAGAAGGGAAUGUUUGGUGAGACUGAUUUGCCUGUUGAUGAGAUUGCUGCAGUUUUCCUCUUGGUGUAUUUUGGGGUUUCAACCCUGUUUGAUGUCACCUUAAGUGGCAGUCCAGAAGCAGAAGAUGAACAGGAGGUAAAUAAUAGUUUGGUUUUUCUUGUCUUAUGCUGCAGCAUCUUCCCCUCUUGGAGUCAAUGGGGGAGCACUAGCUAGUCAUGGCGUUGCCACUUUGCUUGCAGUUUUGGGUGGUUCUAUUCUCGGAAUAUUUUUGUCAGAUAAGGGUCAUUGCAUACAUUGGAGGUGUUCUUAGUAACAUUGAUUGAGGUAGUAAGCUAGAAUUUAGGAAA